GCGUCACUACGUUGCUGUGCGCUCCCGACCGUAAAACCCCGUUAAUAAACCAUUGACGUUUCGAAAAAGACAUCUUCUUCUCCUUCAUAAAGCUAAUUUAACCAGAACACCUUCAAAAAAAAAGUCAGUCAGUAGAACCUAAAAAUCCAUUGACGUUUCGAAACAGAUAUAUUUUUCUUCUUAAACGCUCAUUUAACCAAAACACCUUAAAGUCAGUCUGUAGAAAAAGUGGGUUGAAGUUUACACUUUAUCUUCAACUGAUAGGUCCGUUACGUUACGGCACGGGGGGCAUCGUCGCGACUCCCACCGCUGAACUCCUUUCAGUCUGGAAACCCGAUAGGAGGGAGGGAGCGAGGGGCGCAGCUGAUCAGCACUGGCGGGGCUAAAAAUAAAAAGUAUCUUUCACGUUUCUGCUUAUACUUUCUCCUUCACUGUCUCAUCUAUCGUGUAUCCUUACAUUAUAGGUGGCCACAUUGGAAUGAGACUUUGAGUGUGAAUAAAGAGCCGAGAGUUUGAACCUUGAAGCGAGGCUUGUGUGGCCCAAUCAGGCAGGUGGCAUGGCCUUGUCAUUCUGUGGGGUUAACAAGGUGAAUAACUCGUACAGCGUGGAUGGAGGUGUGCUCAACAAUGGCUGCUUCGUCGACGCCCUGAACCUUGUGCCCCAUGUCUUCCUGCUCUUCAUCACCUUCCCCAUCCUCUUCAUCGGCUGGGGCAGCCAGAGCUCGAAGGUACAGAUCCACCACAACACAUGGCUCCACUUCCCCGGACACAACCUGCGAUGGAUCCUCACCUUCUCGCUGCUAUUUGUCCACGUGUGCGAGUUCGCAGAGGGCCUCGUCUCCAGCAAGGGAAUGGAUUCAAACUAUCUCCACCUCUUCAUGCCUGCGUUCAUAGGCUUCAUCGCAGGCACAACUUCAGUGGUCUACUACCACAACAUAGAGACCUCCAACUUCCCCAAACUGCUGCUUGUCCUGUUCAUAUACUGGGUGCUGGCCUUCAUCACCAAGUCCAUCAAGCUGUGGAAGUACACUGAGUACUACGUGGGGCCGCGUCACCUGCGGUUUUGCAUCACAGCCUUGCUGGUCAUCCUGUACGGGCUGCUGAUGGCGGUGGAGGUCAACGUCAUCAGGGUCAGGAAGUACGUGUUCUUCGCCAACCCUCAGAAGGUGAAGCCCCCCGAAGACCUGCAGGACCUGGGGGUCCGCUUCCUCCAGCCCUUUGUUAACCUGCUCUCUAAGGCCACGUACUGGUGGAUGAACCCGCUGAUCAUGGGAGCCCACCGGAGGCCCAUCGAGCUGAAGAAGAUUGGCAAGCUUCCCUUCGCCAUGAGGGCCCUCACCAAUUACCUACGCCUGAAGGACGCGUACGAAGGCCAGCGGACCCCGGUGGACCCGGAGCGCUCUCCCUCCAUCUGGCGCUCGGUGUACCAGGCGUUCGGCCGGCCCAUCCUACUCAGCAGCACCUUCCGCUACCUGGCCGACCUCCUGGGCUUCGCGGGGCCGCUCUGCAUCGCCGGCAUCGUGAAGAACCUGAAGAACGGCAACAACAGCGCUCUGCCCAAGGAGACCUUCUUCGGCGUGGAGUUCAUGUCGUCCACCGAGCUGCUCCAGAACACCUCGGUCCUCGCCGUCCUCCUCUUCCUCGCGCUCAUCCUGCAGCGCACCUUCCUCCAGGCCUCCUACUACGUUUCCAUAGAGACGGGCAUCAACCUCCGCGGCGCUCUGCUGGCCAUGAUCUACAACAAGAUCCUGCGUCUGUCCACCUCCAACAUGUCCAUGGGCGAGCUGACCUUGGGGCAGAUCAACAACCUGGUCGCCAUAGAAACCAACCAGCUGAUGUGGUUCCUCUUCCUCUGCCCCAACCUGUGGGCCAUGCCCGUCCAGAUAGUGAUGGGGGUGAUCCUGCUCCACUAUCUGCUGGGCUACAGCGCACUGAUCGGGGCCUCUGUCAUCCUCCUGCUGGCGCCCGUCCAGUACCUCAUCGCCACCAAGCUGGCCGACACACAGAAGAGCACGCUGGACCACUCGACGGACCGUCUGAAGCAGACCACGGAGAUCCUGAAGGGCAUCAAGCUGCUGAAGCUCUACGCCUGGGAGAACACCUUCUGUGACCGCGUGGAGCAGACCCGCGGCAAGGAGCUCACCAGCCUGCGCACCUUCGCCCUCUACACCUCCCUCUCCAUUUUCAUGAACACAGCCAUCCCCAUCGCGGCCGUUCUUGCGACGUUUGUGGCCCACCACUUCUUGGACAAGGAAGGGCCCACCCCCUCAGAGGCCUUCGCGGCCCUGGCCCUCUUCCACAUCCUGGUCACCCCCCUCUUCCUGCUGUCCACCGUGGUGCGCUUCGCCGUCAAGGCCCUCGUCAGUGUGGAGAAGCUUGGCGAGUUCCUCCAGAGCGACGAGAUCGGCGACGACAGCUGGAGGAACGGCGAUGUGACCGUUUCCUUGGACACGUACAAGAAACACCCCGGCGCGACCAAGGCCAUCAACAGGAAGCAGCCCAUGCGCUAGUUGGACAACUACGAGCAGCCAACCAGACGACAGAACCGGCCAGAGACCGAGGACGUUGCUGUGAAGGUGACCAAUGGCUUCUUCACCUGGGGAAGCAACUUGUCCACGUUGUCAGACAUCAACAUCCGAAUCCCCACAGGCCAGCUGACCAUGAUUGUAGGACAGGUGGGUUGUGGGAAGUCCUCUCUACUGCUGGCCAUGCUGGGAGAGAUGCAAAUCCUGAACGGACGAGUCAGCUGGAGCAAGCUGCCUGAAUGUGAGAUGCUCCACGAGGGCAACAUAAGUAAGAACCGCUACUCUGUGGCGUACGCAGCCCAGAAGUCCUGGCUGCUCAACGCCACGGUUGAGGAGAACAUCACCUUCGGAAGCCCGUUCAGCAAACAGAGGUACAAGGCUGUGAUCGAGGCUUGUUCUCUGCAGCCAGAUAUCGACCUGCUGCCCUUCGGAGACCAGACGGAGAUCGGAGAGAGAGGGAUCAAUCUGAGUGGAGGUCAACGACAGAGGAUCUGUGUCGCUCGGGCUCUCUACCAAAACACCAACAUUGUCUUCCUGGACGACCCCUUCUCGGCGCUGGACAUACACCUCAGCGAUCACCUGCUGCAGGAGGGGAUCCUCAAGUUCCUGCAGGACGACAAACGCACGGUGGUGAUUGUAACCCACAAGCUGCAGUACCUCAUCCACGCUGACUGGAUCAUAGCGAUGAAGGAGGGCUCGGUGCUGAGGGAGGGCACUCUGAAGGACAUCCAGACCCACGACGUGGAGCUCUACGAGCACUGGAAGACCCUGAUGAACCGGCAGGACACGGAGCUGGAGAAGGACACCGAGCUGGACAGCCAGACGGCUUUGGAGAGGAAGACUCUGAGGAGGGCUUUCUACUCCCGGGAGACCAAGAACCAGAUCGACGACGAAGACGAAGAGGAAGAGGAGGAGGAGGAAGACGAUGAUAACAUGUCCACCACGACCAGCAGACGAUCCAAGAUCCCAUGGAGGAUGUGCUGGCGUUACCUCUCCUCGGGGGGGUUCUUCAUGGUCUUCCUCAUGGUGGCCUCCAAGCUCCUCAAGCACUCGGUCAUGGUGGCCAUCGACUACUGGCUGGCCCUGUGGACGUCCGCUAAGAGCGACGCCGCCAACGUAACGGCGUGGGCGGGCGGGACUGUACCCACCGGGAACGCAACCGACUCUGUGCCUCUGGAUCCAAAGCAGGCCUCCUACUACCUGCCGGUGUUCACCAUCCUGUGCGGGGCGGGCAUCACUCUGUGCCUGGUCACCUCCCUCACCGUGGAGUUCCUGGGGCUGUCGGCCGCCACCAACCUCCACCACAACCUGCUCAACAAGAUCAUCCACGCUCCCAUCAGGUUCUUUGACGUCACCCCUCUGGGUCAGAUCCUCAACCGCUUCUCAGCCGACACCAACAUCAUAGACCAGCACAUCCCCCCCACCCUGGAGUCCCUGACCCGCUCCACCCUGCUGUGUCUGUCGGCCAUCGGGGUCAUCGCCUCCAUCACCCCCGCCUUCCUCCUCGCCCUGCUCCCCCUGGCCGUGGCCUUCUACUUCAUCCAGAAGUACUUCCGGGUCGCCUCCAAAGACCUGCAGGACCUGGAGUCCACACAGCUACCCCUGCUCUGUCACUUCUCCGAGACCGCCGAGGGUCUCACCACCAUCAGGGCCUUCAGACACGAGGCUCGCUUCAAGCAGCGCAUGCUGGAGCUGACGGACACCAACAACACUGCCUACCUCUUCCUCUCCGCUGCCAACCGGUGGCUGGAGGUCAGGACGGACUACCUGGGAGCGGUAAUCGUGUUGACGGCGGCGAUCGCCUCCAUCUGGAGCUCCACCUGGAGCUCCACCUGGAGCUCCACGGACCCCAAGAACACCUACGGCUGCAACGCGGGUAUGGUGGGCCUGGGCCUCACCUACGCCCUCACGGUGACCAACUACCUGAACUUGGUGAGGAACCUGGCCGACCUGGAGGUACAAAUGGCCGCCGUGAAGAAGGUCAACAGCUCUGGCACCGAGUCCGAGAACUACGAGGGAACCAUGGAUACGCCACCAGUCCCUGAAGACUGGCCCCAGACGGGAGAGAUCAAGAUCCAGGACCUGAGCGUGCGCUACGACCCCAUGCUGAAGCCCGUCCUCAAGCACGUCAACGCCUACAUCAACCCCGGGCAGAAGGUGGGUAUCUGUGGCCGUACAGGCAGUGGGAAGUCAUCGCUGUCCCUGGCCUUCUUCAACAUGGUGGACAUAUCCGAGGGGAGGAUCCUCAUCGAUGGUAUUGAUAUCUGCCGUCUGCCGCUGCAGACUCUGAGGUCCAGGCUCUCAAUCAUCCUUCAGGACCCCGUGCUGUUCAGCGGCUCCAUCAGGUUGAACCUGGACCCCGAGAGGACGUGUUCUGACGACCUGUGGGAGGCGCUGGAGAUCGCUCAGCUGAAGAACAUGGUGAAGGCCCUGCCUGGCGGGCUAGACGCGGUGGUGACGGAGGGGGGGGAGAACUUCAGUGUGGGCCAGAGGCAGCUCUUCUGUCUGGCCCGGGCCUUUGUGAGGAAGAGCAGCAUCCUCAUCAUGGACGAGGCCACCGCCUCCAUCGACAUGGCCACGGAGAACAUACUGCAGAAGGUGGUGAUGACCGCCUUCGCAGACCGGACUGUCGUCACCAUCGCACACCGCGUCCACACCAUCCUUGAGGCCGACCUGGUCAUCGUGAUGAAGAGGGGGAACAUCCUGGAGUACGACAAACCCGAGACCCUGCUGUUGCAAGAGGACAGCAUGUUCGCCUCCUUCGUCCGCGCCGACAUGUAGGAACGGAAAAAUCCUCCGAACGUACCGGUCUACGGUACAUUUAACGCACAACACGGCGUCGACCGUCGACGGACGCUCGCGUCCGCGUGGAUCCUUAACGUGUUUCCCGAGUUUGUUGGAUCCCGUCCGGGACGGCCGGUUUGGGUCGAACAGAACAGUCGAGCCGGUCGUUGGGUUAGCCCCCCUCCCUCCCCGACGUCUGCGGUUCAUCGCCCCGGAGAUGGAACCCGACGUUCAGCCUCGAAGCCCACCAGGGAAUUCGGUGCCCGGACCCUCAACUUAUUUUUUUAUUGAGUUUUUUUUUUAUUGAUUUAUUGAUGUCUUUGAUUUGAUGUGUAAUUGUCAAAGGAUGCGUCAAAGGAAAAAAAAUGAUUGAUGAAUGCACUGAUUGGUUUAUUAAUCCAUUCACUGUUAAUUGUUAGUUCAAGGAAUCGGUUGAUUGAUUCGUUGAAGUAUUUUUUGGGGUUUGAACGUUUUAUAUAUCGACUUAUAAAGUAUUAACCUUUUUUUAUGUGUCAUGUCAGAUCAUAUAGCCUCUUUUCAACACGUUUGUGUCACGCUUAAAAUCACGGUGUGUCACAGGCCACGGAGUCAACUAGUCUUCAAAGUCCUGGUUUUGGUCCAAGAUGAGAACUUCCUGCUUCAGAAAAUUCAAGUCCCACAUGCCCCACAAGCACUUUGGCAUUUUUCGAAAUUAUAAAUUAGAAAACGCUAAUGAACUAAAUCAAAACAUUAGGGAUGGCUUUUAUUUCCUGAAACUGGAAUGUUCCUCCUAGUUUUGGCGUGUAGGAAUAUGUCAGGGUUGUAUUGAUUAUUGACCGAUUGAAACCGCAACUUCAACCUCUCAAACCAAAAACAAAACCUCUUGAUAAGGAUUUGAAUGACGUGAAUUUAGUCCUUGGCCCGUUGUGUAUUUAAUUUUAAACAUGUUUCAACACGAAUGAACAUAACUAGUACAGAACUUUGUGUUGAGUCCAAUGAACUGAACAGAUGUCAAAAACACCCUUAUUCACGGUUCACAGGGACUAACAGUAUAGCAACAUAUUAUUUCUACACCAAUAACCUUAUUCUUUAUAGCUUUCCAUAAUUAAUGUACAGCUCUUCCUGCUACAGCAGAAGUGGCGCUAGGCUAGCAUCAAUGCUAGCCGUUAGCUCAGCACUUGUUUUUUGUUUCUGUGGCCUGUCUAGUGCGAACACUGUAGGGUACCACGCCAGAGACUCCUGUGAGAGCCGGUGGACCCCCCCUGUCUGUCUGCCUUUGUGCGUUGCUGAAACCCAACUUCUCUGGGACCCUGGGUACUAGCUAUCCACCCCUCCCGAGAUACCAUUAUUUUAUAUACACCUGUACUUCUAUAGAGUCAUUAUAACCCUUUUUUUCUUUUUUGUGUCUUCAUAUCUGUACAUAUACUUAAAGUGUUUGACGAUUGUUGAUCUGUUGGUUCAGUGGCAAGAUUUUUUUUUUGUUUUGUUUUACAUGGGGAGGGAUAAUUAGUCUUGUGUUUGAUAAAGCUCCUUUUGAGUCUCAGAUCACAUUGUUAUUAUGGUCCUUAUAGCGCAUAGAAGCUUUAAACUUUCAGUGCUCUGGUCAGGGGACAAAACAAGCCAUAUCUUGACAACAACCCAGUGUGUGAGUAUGUUUCUAUAUCGGCUUUUUAUUAUGAAUUUGUACUCGCUUUUUUAUAGAGCAGUUUAUUAACUCUCAACCCCAUGUGAUGUUGCUACAGGGACGGUCUUGAAAUGGCUUUUAAACAGCAAUUCAACAUCACACCUGGUGUACUAUAUAGGCUCUUCCAGAUACUUAAACUACAGGAAUCUCACAUUUAUACCGUAACAAUAAUAUAAUAUAAUCAUAAAUGGUCUAUGGGGCCUUGGAGUAAAAACGUGAAGACCUUCAGACUGCAGCACCGGUAUAUCCCUCUCUCGCCUGCUUGUUGUUCAUUCUCCUGGGUUUUGGACGUCAGGUCUGAUCAUCAGAGCAGACUCUCAGUGGACGGUAUCCAGCACAGGGACGUCUGGCAACGGAAGUAACGCUAGCCAGCGAGGGACCCUCCGUCCCUGCCUCCUCGCGUCUGAGACACGCCCCGGGCUCAGAGGAGUGCGUAUCAAAGUGUGGGACUGGAUUUGUAUUUUUUACAGACGACUUCUAAACUGUAUGGUUUGUUUUUAUAUUCGAAAUGGUGUCAGAUGUUUCAGCUUGAGGUAUGAUUGGGUUCUUCGAGGAAACCGCUUUUGUCCCAUGUGUUCUGCCCUGAAGUGUGUGAAAGCAGAUGUUAGGUACAAUGGAGAUAAACCAACAACUGCAUUACUAUGUUAUUGGUUUUAGUUGUUUUUGUGACCUUUUUAAAAUUUCCUCUGUCAUAUUUGUUUCACCUGCAUUUGUGUUUGUGUGUGUCUGUGUGUGUGUCUGUGUGUGUGUGUGUGUGUCUGUGUGUUUUUCUGCUCCUGCGUGAUUUUGUGUGUGUCUGCACGUGUCUGUGGAUGUUUUUGUCUGUGUAUUCCUCUGUAUAAGAACACAUUUUCUUUCGAUAUAUUUCUCAGAAUCAUGUCUAGAAGUGUUUGAUACCAUGUCCCAUUCUCUGUUGUUUGUACGUGACUGUGCGACUGUGUGCGUGCGUCUGUGUGUGUGUGUGUGUGUGUGUGUUUGGCGAUGGGAUCACAUCUCCCUGCCAAAUGUGUCUUGUUAUUGGCCGGCUGCCCUCCACCCUGUCCUCCGAGCAAAGAGCAAAGCAAAGAAUGACUAACCCAGAGGAAGAGAGACAGAAUACUACUCAUACUACUUCAGUGUCUCUGACAGCCCGGUGACAGGUGAUGGAUCUCUUCUCAUCCGAUCUCCUCCACAGAUAUAAACCCGGGAUGAUAUUUUUACCGAGUUCAUGUUGUUCCUCAGUUGUGUCGGUGUAUGAGAGGGCUCUCCCUACCCUGAUCUUUAUCGAUAUCUAUCUCCUUGAAUCCCUCCCCCUCCUACCUAUUUCGAGGUCGUCUCUUGAUCAGCGCUAACUCUUCGUUGUGCGAUUGGCAGCAAAGAGAAGAUCAAACGACUUUACACACACGCUUUUGAUUCUGGGACUUUUCCUCGCCCUUUUGUAAAGUUGUUAAUCACAGUACAAUGUUCGUAGUAGUCUAACAUCGGACAAGAAGCCAUUGACAUAAAUGUAUUAAUGGCCUUUAUUAUAGUAUUCUACACGCUAACACUAAUCCUAUCAGUAUCCGGGGCGGGAAUGAUUGUCAGUAUAGCCCUACCACCCGAACCACAGCCUUGCAUGUAUGCCUAGAUACCCCCUCAUCAUGCAAUCACCCCAACACAUACAACUAUGCAUAUAUAGUGUGUCACAACUUUGAUAUUUAUAAGAUUAAUUUGUUUUUCAAAAGAGCCGUUGACUGUUAAAACUAUUAAAUGAUUUACAAACA